AUGAAUGAGGAAGAUCAGCAUUUGCCACCAGCGAAGAAGCCAAAGGUGGACAAUUCCGUAGAAGAUGUUGAUUUCACUCAAGAUGUGUCCAUUGUAGAUAAUAACAAAGACUUUAAGAUAAGUACUGAUAAAUAUACUGAUUAUGUGACCCCUACUGAGCUGCAGCAGCUGCGGGAAUUCAAAGUUCUAGAUGAGGUGAAGUCCAACGAAGAAGAUAGUAAUGAUGAGGAUACAGAGUCCACUGAGGGAAAAUCAGAAGGUGUGCCCGAAGAUGAAAUAGAGAAAAUGUUAGAUGAAGAUCUUCCGGAGGGCUUUAAGGGCGCUCCUAAACCUAAGGAGAAGGCAUACGUUAUGGGAAAGAAAAUUGUUUUAGAAGACAAGGGCGCCAACCACUUCGAAGUGCUUCCGCUGGAUUGGAUGAUGGUCCGACACUACAGCGGCAUGCCGGUCUACAUGCACCGCUCCACCAGGGUCUGCACGCUCUCCAAGCCCUACUUCCUCGGGAAAGGGAAUAUCCGGCGUCACGAUAUUCCCAUCAGCGCCAUCCCGUGUCUUGCGUACAGAAAGUACUUAGAGGAGGAAGAAAAACAAAAGGAAAUUGACAACAAGAUCCAAGAACAGAUCCGCAAUGGGACCUGGAACACGGCGCACAGCGACGCCGCCUCGGAGCCGCCCGUUCCUCGCUGCCCCUUCGCUGCCACUAGUGCCACUACUGGGGACCCCGCCGACAACGCUGCCACUGGGGACACCACCAGCAGCGCUACCACCGGUGUCACUACUGGAGACACCACCAGCAGUGCUACCAACGACGGCAUUACUGGAGACACCACCAGCAGCGCUACCACCGGUGCUACUACUGGGGACACCGCCAGCAGCGUUACCACCGGCGGCGCUACUGGAGACACCAUCAACAGUGGCGGCAGUGUAAGCAGGCAGGAGAACGAUGAUGGCAUCCCCGCCAACAGGAAACCGGUGGUUCUGCCCGGCGGGAUCGUGAUGCCUCCCCCCAGGGUGGAGACCGUCAGCACCAGCUGGAAGACCCAGCACUUGACUCACGAGCAGGUCAACGAGUACUGCGCUAAGCUGUUCAAGUUUAAGACCGUCAAUAUUAUGCUUUUCAAGCGCUGGGCUGACAAGCGCAAGUACACCAAGGCGCGGAAGGCCCUGCAGUACCCGGCGCUGCCCGAGGGCACCAAGCUCAUCGCCAUCCCCGCGCAGCACGGCGCGCACGACGCAGAAGGCGGCAAGUCCACCAAGCGCGACUGGGUCAUGAACAUGGACGGGCGCAGCUACCUCGCCGUGUUCCACGAGUACGUGGGCCGCGCCCUGCAGAAGCAGCCCGUCUACGAGUUCAAGCAGCUGGAGAACGCCGCCACGCCCUACCAGGCCACGGUGUACAUCGGCGGCAUGCAGUACGGCGUGGGCCGCGGCUCCAGCAAGCGCCAGGCCAAGUCGGCGGCCGCGCGCGCCUCCAUCCACAUCCUCAUCCCCGAGAUGAAGGAUGAGCUGGACGGCCGCCGCCGCGACGCCGACCCCGACUUCACCUUCUUCGACUACGUCGGCAUCGAGGACCCGCGCAUCGCCGAGUUCUGCGCCGCCACCUGCGAGCCCUCGCCGCACGCCAUCCUGCGCACCUGCCUGCUCAGGAACUUCGGCGCCGGCGACCGGCACGUGCACACCGAGAUGAAAAAAUUUGAAAACCAAAAGAUUGAAUUGACAAUGAAGGUGGGCAAGCACACCGCCACCGUGGUCUGCAAGAACAAGAAGACGGCCAAGCAGCGCGCGUCGCAGUCCAUCCUGCAGGCCCUGCACCCCCACGUGCGCUCGUGGGGCUCGCUGCUGCGGCUGUACGGCUCGCGGUCCGUGAAGAGCUGCAAGGAGAAGAAGCUAGAGGAGCAGCAGAUCACGCUCCUGCAGGACAAGGCGCGCCACAACGAGCCUAACUACGCGGUGCUGGAGAAGCUGCGGAACGAGAUGCGCAAGCUGCGGGAGCGCGACGCGGCCGUGGUGCCCAUCGGCACGCUGCUGCUGGCCGACGACCUGCCCUCGCACUCCGCCUCCAACCUCAACAACGUCGAGCUCUGAGCGACUUCACGUGCCCCGGCACCCUCUACAUAAGUAAUAAGUCGAAACAAUACUGUGCGCGCGGGGGCUGCCGCCGGGGGGCGCCACCUCCGGUCGCAGACGACUGCUGUCCCUAUAAUUACUCAAUUUCCUCGUCUAAUUUUGAUUGAUUUAAUGAAAAUAUAAUUCAACUUCAUAAAAAGUUCCAAAACAACAGCAAUUAUUUAUGUAAACAAUAAACUUUUUUAAUUUAUCGUUAAAACAAACCCUGGUAAUGCCGCUACCGGUGCGCGCCCCCACAUGCGAGGGGGUGAGAAGGCCCAAGGACCGGCACAAACAUAUUCUGGGUGUCCGCAGCGCGCGGGGCCCGUGUCUCCGCGACGGAGCUGUCGUUAAAUUAAUUGUGUCGAUUACUUGUGCACGGCGGUCGAGCUGCGGCCAGUCCCCUCGGAGCAGGCGUGUUGCGCUGGGGCUCGGGAUGAGAAAAAACUUUCACCGAAAUACUAAUUAAAACUCUAUUUGAUUAUUACGACCUUCAUGGUCCACUUUCGUCCGCUGCAUCUCUUCGAGUAGAAGUGAGUGCCGACAGCUGGGCGUGUGCCCCCGCGCAGCCGAUACCACGGUUCUACGGUAUCCAGAACAUCCCCGGUAGUACUACUGGUCGCUUCGGUAUCACAGAUGGCGCUACUUACAUCUCUAUCGACAUCCUUUGACACAACUUUUUAAAUAAUGUUAGUUAAACAUCUG